UAAAAAAAAAAAUCACCCCGAAAUCUCUUGGCCCGGAAAUUUCUAGGUUUUCCGAUUUGAUCCUCCGAUUUUCUCUCCCGGGGUUUUCCCAAUUAUAAUACUUAUAUCUGGUUUCACUGAUUCUUCUUCCCUUCUUACUUUCUUUCAUUCUCUCUUUACCAUUUUUCAACCGAGGUCCCCCUUCUGUUGGAAUCUGUGGCAUUUUUCGCUUUGUUUAAAGGAAAGCAGUAAAAUUGGGUAUUUCGUUGAUUAUCUUUAAUUUGUUCUCUUUCUGAAACUUCAAUGUACCGAAGAUCUAGUUUUAGAUAAGAUUGUUUACAUUGAAUAAUUGACUUGAUGAGAAAGAAGAGGAAAGGAAGUGAAACCAAUGUAUCUCCGGAGGUAACCAACAAUUUUGCACCCACUUGUGACUCUAGAUCAUCUAACAUUAGGUCCCAUUAUUCCUUAGAAGAUUAUGCAAGGAUCAAAAAAAGGUGCAAAGAAGAUGUAGAUGCUCAUCCUAUUGGUUCAUGUAAAAGUAGACUAGCCGGUGUCGCGACCGCCCCACCUUGCGGUGCAUCUUCUUUGGUUCCUCCGGGAAGAGGUCUUAAGAGGAAGAUAGGGUGUAUUGAGGUCAUUACACGAACUGGUCGGAAGAAAAAGAUUGAGGAUGAUUAUGUUAAAGGCGACCCAAUUGGACAGGGGAAAUUCGGGUUGGUUUGGUUGUGUAGGUCUAAGACUAGUGGAGUAGAGUUUGCAUGUAAAACCUUGCAUAAGGGAGAAGAGACAGUUCAUAGAGAAGUAGAGAUAAUGCAGCAUUUAUCUGGUCAUCCGGGGGUUGUGACUUUGCAGGCAGUGUAUGAGGAACCGGAUUGCUUUCAUCUUGUAAUGGAAUUGUGCUCUGGAGGUCGUUUGAUUGACCAAAUGGCAGAGGGUCAGUAUUCCGAGCAACGUGCUGCUAAUAUUUUUAAGGAUGUGAUGUUAGUCAUUAAGUAUUGUCAUGAGAUGGGAGUUGUGCAUAGAGAUAUAAAGCCUGAAAAUAUUCUCCUCACAACUUCAGGAAAGAUAAAGCUGGCAGAUUUUGGUCUUGCCAUGAGAAUCUCCAAUGGUCAGACUUUGUCUGGUUUGGCUGGAAGUCCGGCUUAUGUUGCGCCUGAAGUACUGUUGGGAAAUUAUUCCGAGAAGGUUGAUAUAUGGAGUGCUGGCGUGCUCUUACAUGCACUUUUGGUCGGUGUUCUUCCAUUUCAAGGAGAUUCCUUGAAGGAAGUGUUUGAGGCCAUCAAGAAUGUAAAGCUGGAUUUUCACUCGGGGAAGUGGGAGUCUGUAUCUAAACCCGCACGGGAUUUAUUGGCAAGAAUGCUGACGAGGGAUGUUUCAUCAAGAAUAACGGCCGAUGAAGUACUAAGGCAUCCAUGGAUAUUGUUCUAUACCGAGCACUCAUUGAAGACAUUAUACACUAAAUCGAAGUUGAAGAAUCCAGUAGAACCGUCGGUCCAAAAAUUCAAUUCUCCCAGAUCCGAGUCAAGUGCAACGAGUAUAGACAGUGGUUCUUGUAGUCAACGUCCACAUCUAGUCUUAUCGUCAAACAGUUCAAGCUGCAAGUCUGAGGAACUAGAUGAAAACGGGGUGGUGGAUGUGCUUGCAGUAGCAAUUUCCCAUGUGAGGAUAUCGGAACCAAAGAGGAGUCGACUUUGCAGUCCCCCUGGACCUAUAGAGCAGCAGUGUUCAUCUAAUUUGACUGCUAACAACCUCUGUCGAGCCUUCUGAUCCACAGCUGACACCGCUAACAUACAUGAUUAUCUCUCCACUGUCUUUUGAGCUGGGGGAUUUAGAGAGAAUUAACCCACCCUGGUUGCAAUUUUCAGUGGCCUAAAAUGAUGAUUAUGGAUGGAAACAUCAAUCCUGGUGACAAUGUUGUCAUCUUUUUCUGGCUUCAAAGCAAAUCGUGUUAACUAAAUAAUUGUACUAGCCUGGUGAGCAUUUGUCUAUAGAAUUGAUGUAAAUAGUUACUUUCAAAAUCACUUCUCAGUUGUACAGGUACUUGGUAAUGGAAAUGAAAAAGGUUUCCUUCGUUAGUGACGUAA